AUGUAUGAUCAAAAUCAGACAAGAAUUGCAGAAAUUCUGCUUCUAGGUUUUCCGAAUGCUUAUCAUCUGAAGGUUUUACUUUUCACUAUUUUCCUUUUGAUCUACGUUGUGACAUUAACAGGGAAUGUUGUGAUUGUAGUAUUGGUGUCAGUUCAUCGCCGACUGCACACUCCUAUGUAUUUCUUCCUCAGCCUUCUGUCUUCUUCUGAAGUCAUUUCCACCACCAACAUUGUGCCCAAAAUGCUUUCAGUCAUCCUGAAAGAUGGUGACUCGAUGUCAUUUGCUGCGUGUUUGACUCAGUUUUACAUCUUCUCAGCUUCAACAAAUUCUGAAUGUUUUCUUCUCACCGUAAUGUCUUUUGAUCGAUACUUGGCCAUUUGUAACCCAUUGAGAUACAACGCCAUCAUGGACUUCAAACUGCGAAUUAACUUGGUAGUAUGGUCUUGGAUAACUGGCCUCAUGGUAACUUUGCUUAUUGCCAUUCUGGUUUCCAACUUGAAAUUCUGUGGCCCUAAUGUAAUAGACCACUUCUUCUGUGAUCUGUCGCCCAUAUUACAGCUUUCUUGCUCAGACACAACUACAGUAAAAACUCAGGCCUUCAUAUUUUCAGUGCCUGUCAUUGUCUUGCCAUUUAUUUUCAUUUUUGUCACCUAUGUCUUCAUAUCCUUUGCCAUCUUGAGGUUAUCAUCACACAACAAGCGACAGAAAAAGCCUUCUCCACUUGUAGUUCCCACCUGGCUGCUGUAUGUAUGUAUUAUGGGACUCUAA